AUGGACCCGGACCCUGCCCUCCCCUACUCUCUCCUCGGGCCGCCCCCUCACUUGCUCCCUCCUCGUCCUCCGCCACCACUUCCGUCACCGCACGCCCCCGCGCGCGCGCGCCGCUACGCCCCGCCGUCGGCGUGGCCGCGCCCGCUGUGGCUCGACUGGCGCGCAGAGCUCCUCCGCGCCUCGACCCCCCUCUCCCCCGGCCCCGCCGCGCACGGCGUCUCCUGGCGCGUCCGCAAGGACAUCACCCGCUACGCCGCCCUUCUCCGCCCCCGCCCGCGCCCUCGACCCCGUUCCCCCGCCGCGGACGACGACGACGACUACGACGACGCCGCCGCCGCCGCCCCCGCUACCUUCACCAUGGCGCUCGGGAGCUCCAACUCCACCCCGCUCCACGGCUCCUACAGCGUCAACCUCACCCUCCACUUCUACCGCGGCGCCGCGCUCAAACCCCCACUCCGAGGGCUCUACGGCGACCGCCCCGCCGACGCCGUCGUCCCCAUCUCCAACGACGCCGGCGGGUGCUCGUCGGCCGGGUACUGGUUCAAGGUUCACGACGAGGCCGACGCGAAGUCGGUCCCCGUUCUCAUCCCAAAGAACGCCUACCGCGCCGUGCUCGAAAUCUUCGUCUCGGCCCAUGGUGGCGACGAGAAUUGGUACGCCAACCCCCUCCGCUCUACCGGCCCCGAUCGCUAUCGUUUUUCUGAUGCCGCCACCGCCACCGCGAAGCCUAAUGGCGCAUUCCGCCAGGUCGCCGUCACGGUUGACAGGCGAUUCGGAGGCGCCGUUGUGCCGUUCCCAGUGAUUCACCCGAAUUCGAUAAACCCCUUCUUCUGGGCCCCUGUCGCCGCCAUCGGCGCUUACGACCACCCGUCGUAUGACCUCGACCUCACGCCGAUCCUCGGCCUUUACUUAGACGGCGAAGAACAUACAAUUGGCCUCACUAUCAAAGAUAGCCAGCCUUACUGGCUCAUUUCGGCUAACCUCCAUUUGUGGCUCGAUCCUCUGUCUGAUCGAGUGGUGGGCGGUUUAAUCCGGCUGAAGGUCCCGCCGCUCCGGCUGAGCCGCCAGGCCGAUUGGCGGGAGCUCGACGGCAAGUCGUCCAUUGAUGGGCAAGUGAUAAUGCGCUUCUCUGGUUGGGUGAGCUCAUCGAAGGGCAACAUCACCACCAGUAUAAAGCACCGGCUCAAGUUCAAGAGCCGGGUUGAGGUACUGCGGCAAGGCGCCAUCAAAGAAGUUAAUCUGGAUGUUAAGGCUCGAACGGAUGUGAGGACAGAGCGGAAGAAAGGAGGCACCGGGCGCAUGUCGGUGAGCCAGGAGUUUCCGUUGUAUAUUGAGACGGUAAGCUCGAGCGGAGGAGAGGGGUCGGCUUUCGAGAGGACGAAGAUGUUCCACGGACUGACCGAGACGGUGAGGAUGGCCAAGAACAAGGAGGUCGUAUGUAGCAUACUGGACGACCGGCAGGAUGCAGAGGGUUCGGUGUUUAUGGAGGAUGGGGUGGCGAAGUGGGGGAGCGGCAAUACCAAGUCGAUCUACAAGUAUAGGGAUGAUAAGCAGUGCUAUCUCCGCACGGUGAAUACGGCUGGUGGUGAGGUGAAGGAUGAUACGGAGACAACGUCGUGUGCAUUAGUAGCCUACUUGUAGGUGGUUCUAAUUAUGUAGGAAGAUCCUUGUUGCAUUUUUGAGUGUUUAGUUGCUAGAUGAGUUGUAUACUGAGUCCAUGAUGGUUGAGAGGAGCGCGCCAUAUGAUUUUUGUCUGGGCUUUGCAUGUCGAGUAUUCUCGGCCUUCAAGUUAUUCUUUGUUCAGCUCACUUCGAGUUUCAGGUGCAUCCGCUGUUGUUGCGGUUUCAAUCAUGUAAGUUUUCGGUCCAUUUAGGGUUAAAGUUGCUUUAGUAUUUUGAUUGAUUCGGAUUCUCAUUGUCAAAUUUUCACUGUCAACUUGGAUGGGAUCAGAUCAGGUUUUCGACAAGGUUGGUCAGGUCAGCUUUUGCCACCUCUACAAAUAAUCUCAUGGCUGCCAACUGCGGUGCCAUUGUAUAUGCGGUAUACAUAUCGGACUUGCUAGAUCAUCAUUUGCAGUUGAAUGUGGGCUUAUAGGACAUACAGAAGCGAAAUGAUGGUUGCCUCUCUCACUUUUCUGCAUGGUUUUUGGUUGAGUUAUGGAUUUGGCGAAUAGCAUAUCAGGAAGAUGAAAAUGGCUAAUUAAUAGCGUAAACCUUUUGACGGAUUGGGAGAAGAGGGGCGAAGGCUGAUAUUAACUGUAGGGGGAGGUGUCUAGUUGCUUUUUGUUGAGAAGUAUGUUUGUUUUUUUUUUUUUGAUGUGUGUGUGUCUUUCUCGCUCUUAUUGAGGCCUUUGCUGCCUCCGUAUUUUGUAGCUAAAUUCAUUUUCUUAUUGAAUGAAGUAGGUAGCAUGCUACCUUUUUCUCAAAAAAAAAAACACUGAUAUCAUUAUGGAGUUAUAGGCUUGUAUCUUUUGUCAACGAUUUCUUGCAAAGCAGUCUAACACGAAGCUUUUUACCAACUUGCAGCUUUGUGCGCAGACUAACUUCCGUGUAAAAUUCGGCACAGAAGAGUGUUUCGCCAAUGAGUUUCUGCAAGGGUUCUUCAGUGAGGUGAAUUCUGCAGAUUAGAUUGUGUGCCACCGACUUCUAUCUUUGUUGCGAGUGUUCUGCCAAGUUUCGGAGGGGAGCUACCGCCAGGGAUCAAGCUGAACAUCAUGCUGAACUGAGCUUCUGAUAAAAUAAAGAGCAUUUUUACACUAACUGCUUGAUUAGUUGGGUACAAGCAAGACAAAGGCUACCGGUCCUUCGGCCACCAUAAAAACAAGAUGGCAUUGUGUUGACGGUUUGACACCAAAGUUACAUAAUGCAACACUGCUGGAACAGCGUCUAAUAAAGUACUCAUGCAAGGUUAAAGUUGUGAUAUCGAACCAUACGAGCAGACCUAGCUUAUGAGAAAGCAUUAUCUGGCUACUGAAUCUAAAGUGGCAUUUACUUCAUUUGUUGGGGGAGCAUCUGGUAGUUGGAGAGGCCUCCCUCUGGGGAUGACUGUUGGAGAUUUUCAAGCUACGAAAGGAUUCGCAUCCAACUAAAGCUAAUAUGCAAACUUAACUAUUGGUUUAGAGGUGGGCCUACUUCAUUUCUCUCCUUUUGUUUUUUGCUGGAACAUAAAGUAUUUUUCCACUUUGAGCUCUCUGUUUUAGAUGCCAAAAGCAAUGGAGAAAGCAGAGAUCUUUUGAUUGGUUGCUUCCCUAGUAACAAAGUGAAAUUCCAUCAGCAGCUUAAUUGUGAAGCCAUUUAUUGCUUGGUGGGACAAUGCUGACCAUGUUCAGUAAAGAAGUGUUCAAUGAGCCGCAUUGAAGUUCAACUGCAGAAGGGGAAUCUAUAAGAAGUUGGGUGACAGGAGCUCUGUUGACUUUUGGUUGGACCGAUGGUGUGGAGAAACCGCCUUACAUUUGUCAUUUCCGGAGAUCCACGUGAUGACGGAUCACAAGCUAUUAACGGUCAAGGAUUGCUUCGAAAGCGACGAUUGGAAUUGGAAUAGGAUUCUGGGUGGUGUAAGCGGUGUGGCGACUACUAAUGCAGGGCUGAGAUCCGACCUAUUAGCACUCAGGGAAAGAGUUGACAACUAUAGAGUAGUGCAAAGACCUGACAAGAUUGGGUGGAUAUGGUGUAACAACGGAGUAUUCUCGGUCAAAUCGGCAUAUAGAAUGUUGAGUGACGAGGGUACGAGGGAUGGAUGCGCUUCCAAGAUCUGGAGGCUCCAAAUCCCCCUCAAGGUCAAAGUGUUCUGUUGGCUUGUCCUUAAGAAGAGACCUCUUACAGCUGAUAACCUCGUGAAGAAAGGCUGGACUGGAGACUCAGUCUGCGUGCUGUGCAGGGUACACGAGGAGACAGUGGACCACCUAUUCUCUCAAUGCGUCUUUACCAAAUUCUGUAUGGUGAUGAUUAGGGAGGGAGUUCAGGCUGGGGAGUUAGGAGAAGACGUACGGUACGUUUGGGAUAGGUGGUUGGCCAAGAAAGGGACGCAUAAUAAGCAUAAUAGCUUACCUAAAUUGGUCGCUUGCUGGUGGACGAUUUGGAAGGUAAGGAAUGAUCUGAUUUUUCGAAAUAUUCAUGUUGACUCUGUUUUGGUUGUACAAAGGAUUAAGCAGCUUUUGAAGUUCUGGGAACCCCUCAUACGACCGAAUCAUUUAGCAGCU